AUGUUGUCAUGUAAGCACGAUAAUCGAAUUUUUUUUCCUUAUAUCUUAUUUUCACAACAACAUCUUUUUUCUCAGACUUCAAGUAGGUUUAUUUUCAAACCUGUGAUCAACAUUUGUAAUGUCACUUUAGAACAUGUUUACCAAAUGAUGAGUCAACAUCUUGGAAUCAAGGUUACAGCAUCCAAAAAAGCAACACUCAGGACCUAUGCCAUCAAAAUUGGGCAUCCAUUGCAAGAGUCAGUUAUCUCUGGAAAGAUCAUCAAAGGAGACAAUUAUUUUCUAUGUCAGAGAUUAAAAGUAUUACCAUGUUCUUCUGAACGUCUUUUUGGCAUGUCUCUUAUUUUUGGAAUGGACCCAACGAAUAUAUCAGCUGUUUUGAGAGGAAUAGAAGACAUAAUAUAUGAGAAAAUAAGAUGGAGAAUUCAGUUCAAUACGCAUCUUUUUCUGGUGCUUUUUUGGAUAUUUGUAUCUCCCUUUAGUGGAAUAUUUUGA